AGAGUUCCUCGGUGAGAGCUGGGGGAGGUACCCAAGAGGGCCUGGGAGAGCUGGUAUCUCCCGGAUACGUUGCUGAGAGCUGGGUGUUCCUUGAGAAGGAAUGUCACCCCAGGCCCGGGAGCUGAGGGGGGUCACCCAGGGAGAGGGGAGCCUGUCAUCCCAGGAGCUGAGACCAGAAUGAGGAGAUGUCUCAGGGCAGCCUGUCUGUGGAAUUCCUGUUGCUUGCUGACCAAUCCAACAGCCCAGCAGAGGAAAAGACGAGAGCAGAUAGUUCUGACACAGACCUAGAGAUUGAAGAUCCCGAGAGGUCCUUUGCAACCAUGAAGGGUGCAGAGCUAUAUCUAGAAGCUUGCAAACUGGUGGGGGUGGUGCCUGUCUCUUACUUCCUUCGGAACAUGGAGGAGCCUUACGUGAACCUGAACCAUCAUGGUCUAGGACCCCAGGGUGCCAAAGCCAUUGCCAUCGCACUGGUGUCCAACACAACCAUCACUCACCUGGAGCUGGAAGAUAACUGGAUCCUGGCUGAAGGAGUCACGUGUCUGGUACAGAUGCUGCGAGAGAACUGCUACAUUCAAGAACUGAACAUCUCCAAUAACCACAUAGGCACAGAAGGAGCGGAAGCCAUCUCCAGGAUGUUCCUGGAUAAUAUUUCUAGUCUCCGGGCUGUUCAGCUCUCAGGAAACAACUUUAGGGAGGAAACUGCACAGUACUUUGCCGAGGCACUAGUGGGCAAUUACCGAGUGAAGGAGCUGGACCUCAGCCACAAUGAGUUCUCUGAGAAGGGAGGAGAGCAUCUGGGACAGAUGUUAGCCAACAAUGAAGCACUGGAGUUUCUGAACCUGAGCUGGAACCACUUGCGGAUGAAGGGGGCUGUGGCAUUGGGCACUGGUCUCAGAGUCAAUGGAACUCUGAAGAUACUUGACCUCUCAUGGAAUGGCUUUGGGAAUGAAGGGGCUUUGGCCCUUGGAGAAGCUCUCAAACUCAACAACAUUCUGGUCCAACUGGACAUCAGCAGCAACCAUAUCAACAAUGAAGGGGCUGGGAAACUGGCCAAGGGGCUAGAGGUCAAUGGAAAUCUCAAAAUCUUGAAGCUGUCUCAUAAUCCCCUAACUGUAGAGGGUGCUGUUGCGCUUGUCACAUCCAUCAGGAAGAAUCCAAAAUCCAAGAUAGAAGAGAUCAACAUCUCAAAUGUGCUUGUGAAUGGAAGCUUCCUCAAGCUGCUGGAUGUGGUGUGUCAGGUGCACCCUGAAUUAGAUGUCAUCUAUGGUGGGGUUCGAGGCUUCAUCUCCAAGAAGCCUGAACAGCGUCCAGACCCCAUGAAGCUGAUUCAGAAUUACUUAGAUGAGCACAAGUUGAGACUCUGGGAUUUCUUUAGAAAUAUGGACAAAAAUGGAAGUAUGAAGAUCCCUGUGGCAGAAUUCCGGAAAGCCAUGAUGCAGCAAUCAAGAAUUCCACUAGAUCGAGCCCAGAUUGGAGAACUGGUGCACAAAUUGGACCGGCACCGGACCGGAAUGGUGGAUUACAGGAGCCUAGUGGACACAUAGAAGCAGAUGGUACGAGACCAGCGGUGGCAGCUAAGGAGGGAAGAGUCACGGCAGAAGAAGGAGAAGCACAAGUGUGAGGUGAUGCCACGGGAGACCAGACGUUCUGCUCACGAGUCCCACUACUUGGCCAGGAACUGCCAUGCUGCCUCAUCACCACAGAAGCAUGGGCACAGUGCUAAGUCAUCCAAAUGACAAGACUGAGGAGUGUGCAGGAGGAUACUGUUCAACCCCGAACUUCACACAGCAGCUCUGGAUGGGAUUGGUUGGCUGUUCUUCCAUUUACAGCCGGCAGAGGGCACUCUACUCUUAGAAGUACAUCCCUGGCACAUUCCAGGGAAAACUCCUACACAAAUACACAAAUGCACACACAACAAAAAGGCCCAACUCAAAACAAACUCUACUGAGAAAAGGUUUCUUUAAACCCCUUAAAAUCCAGUCAGGCAACAGGCUUGUGAGCCAAAGAGGGUGCGUGAGGCCUAGGGCUGCCAGUGAGACAGAGCAGAGGCUGGAUCACUAAGCUUGAACCUUGCAGGGCUGUUUCUUUGCAGGAGGACCACCUCUGUGCUUCCAUGGAUCACUGGGCGGUCCAGUUCCAAUGUCACAUUGUUUUGCUGCACAGUGGAAAAGCCACAACGCAAGCUUCUCUCUAGGGGGUGGAGACAGACACAGGCGGAGUCAGAUCUCAAGUACUUGAACCUUUAACUUCCUUUUCCGUAAUUUGGAACAUACUUGUUCCUAUUCCAGAACUCAUUUUUUUAAUUCCUUCUUUCAGGCUGUAGAAAUAGGUUUAAAAAAAACAGUCCUGCUGCUUAUUGGAAGCUCCAAAAGAAAACAAGGAAAUGUGAGUGUGCAGCCCUCCCCGUCCACCUCCGACACAACUGCUCGGGGGGGACCAGAUUUCCCUUCCCCCAGUGUUGUGGCUGCUGCAGUCAUAGAUUUUGAACACAGUUGGUUUUGCCUGAAACAAGAUAAAAAAUAAUGUCUCAUCUACAAAAGGAAAGUGCCUCUUUUUGCUUUGCAGCAUUUUGAUGCUGUUCAGAAGGGAAGGAACCAAAAGCAGCUCCAGGAGGCACUUAUAGAACUUGGGGCAUCCAGUUCAGUGCUGGGAAAUAAAACAGCUUGUUUGCCCUUACUGCCCAUCUUCUGGCCUCCUCUCUUGAAUAAAUGCUCCUCCUCCCUUGUCUCGCCCAUCCAUUUUCAACCCCCUUCAACUCCCCCCACGUCCCCUAUAUUUCCGGAGGAACUGAGGCCAAUAUAACUUUCUCUUGUUUACCUCUAUCAGUAUAACCAUAUACAUCAAUUCUGGGAUUAGUCUUAGUUAACUGUUGAUAUAGAAUCUGUAGGCGGAGUGCCUCCUUGUUUAUGGUGGGCCCUACAAAUAUGGUGGAUGGAUAUACAGAUUAAAAUUGGUGAUUCAAUGGAUUCAGAAAGAGAAAAUAACACUAUCAGCGUAGAAUCCUGAAAAUCUUCUUAGCAGAUUCAGACCACCAUGGAGCUGGACUUCCUAAUAAUAAUGGCCUCUCUUAAUUCCCCAUUGUCUCUGUUCCAUCAUCUGGGCUAUAAUGGGCAUUGCUGUAACUCUUCCCUGAGCAUAAUUUGGAAAAGGGCAAU